CUAUCGAAUUUUUCCAAAAAAGAUGAAGUAACGUCAAUCAUCUGUGCAUACUGAAUAAUAGAACAGAAAAUCCUACAGAAGAUCUGUAUCAGCUGUUUAAUCUGGAAGGAAGAUCUCACAUAGUGCUAUCACUUUGAGGGAUAAUCAAAUUCAAAUCAGCAUUAUCAACAACAUCUCACAAUGCCUAGCAAAAAAAAAAAUUUACGUUGAAAUUUAUUCAGGUCCCUAAUAAAAUGAUCGAAAUCAAUCAGAUUGUGAGGAUGAGAUUCUUUAUGCUCUAGGUGCCACCAUAGUAAAAAAAUUAAGUAAACAUACUCACUAUCUGAUUUGGCAAUAUGGUUUAUUGAGUACAUUGGAGAAAGCUAAGGAAUGGAAUAUCAAGAUAGUCAAUCCUAUGUGGGUCAAUGAAUGCCUUACCAAAAAGAGGGAAGUCGAUGCUUCAAAUUUCCCUAUAAUUCAAUUAACCCCCCAAGAGAUUCAAGAAUUACUUAAGAAAGAUAGAGUUCAUAUAAAGAAAGGAAAACAAUCAAAUCAAUAAAUCUAAGAAGAGGAAGAAGAAACUAAUGAAUUUAAAACUAGACACAUUUUUAGUUAAUUCAAGGAUCAAUUACAACAAAUAGCUAAAAACACCAAUAAAUCUUAUGUGUCCAUUUCUCAUUUUAAAAAAUCGUCCAAAGAUAUACAUGACAAAGAUAAAUAAGAACUAAUACAUGAAGAAUUGGAAACAGAAUAAUUAGAAGUAUCAUAAAAAAUGAAUUCUCAAAUGUUAUCCAAAAAGAGUUCCAAAAAUAAAAAAUCAAAAACAUAAUAAAUUGACUCAAAAUUCAACUUGGUUUUACAUAAAUCAUGUGAUUAUAACAUAUUGAAUUUAUUUGAAUAAAUAAAUUUGAAAGAUUAGUAUCAGUUAGUUAUAGAUGAAGAUAUGAAAAUCAAGUGCGAUAUACUUGUUAUCAAUGAAGAUAAACUAGUUUAUGAUUUGGUUUUUUGUUGUUGUUGCUUGAAUAAGUAGACUAAAAUUAUUUCUUAAAAAUGGAUUAUCAAAUAGCAACAGAAUCAGAAAAAAGAGAUAUCUUUUACUCAUUAUCUUUUGACUUACAAUAUGUAAAAGAAAAUAUUGUUCCCUUAUAACUUUUACGUUUAUUUCUCAAAACCAAAGACUUCCUAAUAAAAGAAUAUUAAUCAAACUCUGAAGUAAGGAUUAGAAUAAUUGAUCUAAAACUUUGGUGGAAAGAUAACUUCAAAAGAAUUUUGUGAUAUAAUGAUAGUAAUGAAGAUCAUGUUAAAGUCCACUGCAUUAACAAUACUCAGUUCAAACCCUAAUAUAAAAAUUAUUCAUGCAGAAUGGUUAUACAAGUCUAUUUAACAAGGUAGUUUGAUUGACUUAAAUGAAUAUAUCAUCUAAUAUUGA